GUUUCAGAAUCUGAUCAGGUAAAUAAUAACAAUAAAAAUUCCUCAAGAAUCAGGUACCAAAAAAAUAAUUUAUUCUCACAUAAAAUCGUAUAAAAAUGAAUGGAAAGUUUCUGUAAUCAUUCAGUAUCAUCUUAGCAAAGUUCAAGUAAUCAGUGACAAAAAUAAAAAUUUAUAAGCAACAAGAUGAAGUUAAAGAGCACAUUCACAGUCGAUCCAUUGGAAUAUUUUCCAUACGAAAUAGCUGAACAUAUCUUGUCAUUUUUACCAGUAAAGGAUUUAAUGAGAGCAUCACUAGUUAACACAUUAUGGUAUGACUUUAUAGGACAAUCAAGUAACUUAAUGAAAAAUGUCAAACUCAAGAUAAGUUGUAAUAUGGACCGAGACUAUUCAAGACGAAUUAUGAGUUCAAUUAAGAAAAGUACAAGAAACUACGAGACAUUAGAAGUUGAGAGAUGUGCACAGUGUAUGGAUGCAAUCUACGAUGUAUUAAAGUCACGCAAAUGGAACAACAUAAUCAUCACAAAUACAUGCUUUGGAACACCAGAACAAACGUGGCUGUUUUUCUCAUUAAUUCAAGAACAUGUCAAGUGCUUAGAAUUAAGCGGUGUAUAUGUCCGACAUCCAUACUCAGAUGGUACAAACAAAGGCUUUAUGUUUCCUAAUUUAAGGAAGUUUGUAGCUAAAAACACACAAGCAUUCUUAUUUCCUGAAAUAUUUCAAAAUAUUCGACACCUGACACAACUUGACUUGUUCUCAAAUGAGCAUAAUGUGGCUAGUUUAAAUGCAGUCAUGAAUUUCUUCAAGAAAAAUGAGAAGAUAGAAGUUCUUAAUGUGUCGGGUCGGGUCUUUCAUCAAAUUUUGUAUGACGACAUUUCGGAUAAAGUUCCAUUCAGGCUUAAAAAGCUGUCAAUUGCUAAUGUAAAUUAUCAAGAAGGUGCUUUUUACAAGAGAUUCUACACAAACUUAAUCAUUUUCCUUAAAAAACAAUCAAGCACUUUAGAGACUGUCAUUCUUAGUGACUGGUUGGGUGAUGAUGUCCUUAAGGCUGUCUACAGUUUACCAAAGCUUAAAAGUUUAACAAUUAAAGGAUUUAAUCAAAUACACGAUAAUGUCGAUUACAGUGACUUAAUGCUGAUCAGAAAUCCAUCCAUCAAAAAGAUGAGCAUCGGAGUUUCACCUGAAAACUUCAACAUUCUCAAAUCAAUCAUUGUUGCGACCCCAAACGUAACUUCAUUAUCAAUCUUACACAUGAGUUUCCAAUUUAUGAAUUUUAUAAGUCAAAAUUCACCGCACCUUAAAACUUUAUCAAUUGACUACCUUAACAUCACUCACAUUCCACAACGUGAUUUUUUCAAAAAUCUAGAAUAUCUUGAUGUUAAGGACUACGAAAUGUGCUUAAAGGAAUUUAUCAUGAGCAAAAUGUUUCAUGAUUUGACUGAAUUUGAGCAGCUACUGUUCUUUAUCAUGAUUGACUAAGAAACUUGAUCAUUUUAAGAAAAAAUAUGACACGAUAUAAAUUUAUUAAGGCUUUUUGACUCAAAGUUUUGUAUAUAUUAAUUAAUAUAUAAUAAAAAAAAUAAUAUGAAAAAUACUAAAAUUCUGUUUUGUCAAUAGGGUAAACCAUGUUGAAAUUUGUGUGUUUUUGCACAUGAAGAUUUGAUUUGCAUGUAACUUUUUAAUGGCUGAUAAUGAAAAUCUGAUUAUAAGCUUAAAAUAUCACAAUUUGUGGAAGUUUUCAUUUUACAUUAUGUUAUGAAAG